UUAUUCAUCAGGUCACGUGCUCCGUAAUAUUUCUAUUUUUAGAAUAUUAUUAUUUCCAAAGCAAAAUCGAAAGUAGUCUUGCAAUUUUACCGGAAAAAGGUAAUUUUCAAUCAAACUACAAGAUAAAGGUUUCUUCAAGUACAAAGUACAAAAUGGGCAUCUUUCUAUCUUUCUUUUCUAUCAAAGACAAAUUUACAGACCAGUGUGAGAAAGCAUUGAUGCAACUAGACACAGCUCUUUCUGGUCUUGCCUCAUCCGUCGACAAUGUUCACGUGACAGUUCAGCUUCUCCUUAACCUGCUUGAAGAGUUGGAUACAGGUUCUCAUAAUAUAGAGGGACUCCAGGAAGCUGUUAAUUUGACUAAGAAGUUACUUGCGAACAUUGAGAGGUCAUUGUACGGUCAGAAGUUUUCAUCAUUGCAAGGCGUAAGCACAUUUAUGCACCUGAUUAGAGAAAGGAAAGAGUUUAAAACGCUUAUGCAACAAGUACGAUGUAUACAUAAAUUAAGCAUUGAUGCAUACCUUGCUGAAUUUCCACAUGACGUAUUACGGGACGAAUCAGGAAGCAGUGUGGAUCUUGGAUAUGAAAUGAAAGAGUUAAAGAAGAAAAACGAUGAGCUUGAGGAGAAAUUAGCCGCUUUAGACAAAGAACUUCAAGAAAGAGAUGCAAAGAUUAAAGUUUUGCAAGAGGAAGUAGAAAUGCUGAAAUGCGAGUUGGAAAGUAAACAGCCCCAUAUUGAAACAUUACCAGUUCAGUUAUAUCACCAGAAAGGUGGUGAACUGAUAACUCAUAUUCGUGAAGAUCUGCUCAGCAAGUUAAAAACGCAUCUGGCACAAGAUAACAAAGAUUUGGAUGUGGUCACGUGCGAAACGUCUUACCAAAUUCAACCAGAUCAGCCGUUGCUUAUCUUAUGCACGAGUUCAUCAAGGCUAGGAACAGACGCCUUAAAUGCUAUUCAGGGAGUUCUCCAGAAGGAGAACACAGUAUUGCUGAUAUUCCACCAUAAAGAUGUGCACGCUUUACCGAAUCAGACGAGUGAUCGAGUACUGACUGGGCCUGAUUUCAAGACCCUUCGUGGCAUAUAUGACUUGGCGUUUCUUUCCGAGAAAGGGAUAUACGAAUGUAAUAUGAACUCACUUGCCAUUAAGUCGAUUAUUGACUUUAUUUGUUAUGUAUCAAAGGAAAAUGGUCAAGCUUAGAACACUACCAACGCGAAUAAAAUCGAGUGAAGAUUAGCUCGUGUACUGAUACAAUAUUAUUAGAUAAAGAAGUGGGGCAAGAAGGAAACACAUUAAGUACUGAUAAUAUUCGUCUAUGUUCACCUUAUAACAUGCAAACAUUCUAGUCAUUCAACAUUUUUAUUGGUAACGUUUUUUUUUACAUAAAACUCUGGUAAUUAGAUUUGUAAACGUAGAUUGGCGACAGAUUGACAGAGCAAUGUUAUCCGUUCAUUUCUAAAGAGAUGUUUGGAUAAAAAAAGUUCAUUGAUUGGUAUAUCUGGUCAUGUCAUUUAUGCAGGGAAAAAUAAUGAAAUAAUUAAGCUUAUUUAGUACAUAAGGCAGCUUUUGUAAAUGUUUCUUAAUUCUUUCAACUUUUAAAAAAAUAAUAAACCAUGCCAUCGUUUUAAUGUAUAGGUCAUGUUUCCUUUUCUGGGCCCGGCUUCGUAGGUAUUUGAUUACAACGACAUGCCUUGUUUUAAUGUUAUACUUCACUAUCAUUUAAAGUGGCAGAAAUCCUAUUUUGUACUACAAUUUCAUGUCACUUCUUUUAUCAAUUAUUAAAAUCUUAUGAAACUAUAAGCUUAUUAAGGAUUCUAUGUACAUGUAGUAUUGUAAAGAUCUGUUUGUAGAAAUGUAUUUUUCCGUUUUUCUUUUUAUAUGAAGAUUAUUUUUAAAACGUAUUUACUAUAUUACUAUACAUUGGCUGAGAUAUUUCAGUAUCACUUUCAAUUCAUUAUCAUGAUUAUAAACAAUUUUCAAUAAACGUGUCUAAGAUCA